AGCUAUGACCGUUUCCCUCCUUCCCUGACUCCCUCUCUUUCCUCAAGUUAAACAAAAACACAAUCCCAAAAUUCCCAAAAUCUUUAAUUUCUCUCGCAUUUAUAAAAUGGAAAAUCAAAAAUUGGAUUUUCCUAAUUCUAGUUUCGUUUUGUUCCACAAUUUUCUCUCCCAUUUUCUCUUCACACCUUCUCCUCCUCCUGAUUCCGGGCCUGUGUGGUGGUCCACCCAAGAACCAGCUCAUUCCCCUUCUCAAUUCCCACCAAUUCCCACCAUUUCCCAUUCCCUUUCCAACCCAUGACUCCUUCUUUCGUUUUCUCUCCAUUUUUCAAUAAAGAUUUUGUCUUCCUUUGACAGUUGCUUGGGGAACAAACAAUCCCUGCUUCAAAGGGAUAAAGAUUGCAGCUUUAUCGGUUUUCAUUGCCGCAUUGAGUUUCUGGAAUUACCUUUAAGGGGUGUUGUCGUUGUUACCCCAAUCAUGUCUUCAAAUCCAUCCAAUUUUUCUGACUCUUCCGAGAUGAGCUAUAGCUCAUCAGAAGAAGCACAGUGUGGAACCAAGAUGGAAUUUCAGGUCAAGAGUGGUGCCAAUUCAUCGAAUGAUAAGGUUAACUGCCCCAAAAAUGUGGAUAGAAUAGGAAAGUUUAAUGCCAGUUCAACUAAUAAUCCAUCAGGUGGACCUCAGAAAGUGGAUCGAGUUUCCAAAGGAACAGAACUCAGUACUAAGACUACGGCUGAGACAACCACCAACAAUCGUCCAUUUCCAAGCCCAAUGGCACCUGCAAAUUCUGAACUUCUAACCACUUCAACAGGAAGGGCUACAGGAGGUAUGAAAAGUAGCAAUUCUGUCACCAACCUUACCCAAAUGAGCGGCAGUAGCUCCCGCUCUGACAGCUUAGAGAGCUCCUCCAGUACACCCCUCAGGCCUCAUACUGGUGGUGAUGUGCGGUGGGAUGCCAUUAACAUGGUCUCUAAAGGUUCCCCACUUAAUCUUAGCCAUUUUCGGCUUCUCAAGCGCCUAGGAUAUGGAGAUAUUGGCAGUGUCUAUCUUGUUGAACUCAGAGGAACAAACACGUUUUUUGCCAUGAAGGUCAUGGACAAGGCAUCUCUUGCUAGUAGAAACAAGCUGUUGCGAGCACAGACAGAAAGAGAGAUACUUGGACUUCUUGACCACCCAUUCUUGCCCACUCUCUAUUCUUACUUUGAAACUGAUAAGUUCUAUUGCUUGGUCAUGGAGUACUGUAGUGGAGGUAAUCUACACUCUCUUCGGCAGAAGCAACCAAACAAGCAUUUUACAGAGGAAGCUUCACGGUUUUAUGCAUCACAGGUUUUGUUAGCACUUGAGUAUCUGCACAUGCUAGGAAUUGUGUACAGGGAUUUAAAACCAGAAAAUGUUCUAGUAAGAGACGAGGGUCAUAUCAUGCUCUCAGACUUCGAUCUCUCACUCCGUUGUUCUGUCAAUCCUACACUAGUCAAGUCUUCAUCUGCCCAUGUAAGCAAUGGUGGUGCUACCGGUGGUGGUGGUGGUGGCGGGGGCAUUUUAGACGAUGACCUUGCUGUGCAUGGUUGUAUGCAGCCUUCCAAUUUCUUUCCACGCAUUUUACCUACCAAGAAAAACCGGAAAUCCAAAUCAGAUUUUGGCCUUUCAGCGAAUGGAUCCCUCCCUGAACUGAUGGCAGAGCCUACAAAUGUGCGUUCCAUGUCAUUUGUUGGAACACACGAAUAUCUAGCCCCAGAGAUUAUUCGCGGAGAGGGCCAUGGUAGUGCAGUGGACUGGUGGACAUUUGGUAUCUUCAUAUACGAGCUCUUACAUGGGACAACCCCCUUCAAAGGUCAAGGAAAUCGUGCCACACUCUUCAACGUUGUAGGCCAGCCUCUGAAAUUCCCAGAAACACCACCAGUAAGUGUUGUGGCACGUAAUCUCAUACGAGGACUCUUGGUGAAAGAACCACAUAAACGAAUUGCGUACAAAAGGGGUGCCACAGAAAUAAAGCAACACCCAUUUUUCGAGGGAGUGAACUGGGCUCUGGUGAGAUGUGCCACGCCUCCCCAUGUUCCUGAACCGGUAGACUUUUCACAAUAUGCCAGCAAGGAGGCGAACUCUGCAGACAAAAAGAUGACAGACGUGGGAAGUGAUAAGAAGAACGGUAGUAAUGAUUCAUCUUAUGUAAAUUUUGAGUACUUCUAGCACUCCUUUAGGAAGAUAUUUUACUUUCUCGGGAGGAAAACUACAUUGUACAAAGAGCAAAACGUUGCAACCCAAUGAGAUAUAUACUUAUCAUUACAUGUUGAGGGUUUCACAGAGAAAACAUUUGUUGACAGAAUACUAUUGAUUUCUUUCUAGGCAAGGGGAAAUAAAAACACAUAUAUAGGGAUGGAAAUUGCAUUUAAAGUUUUGUGUGUCA